CUGGCAACUGGGUUGCUGCUUUGAGAAACCGGCUUGUGAGCAGCGGCGGGAAAGGCGCGUGUCGGCUUCUCACUGGCGCAGCCUCCACAGAGCUCGCCGCUGUCCCGCCCUACCCGGGCAUCGUUGCUGACACCGGAGUGGACGAAGUGCGGUCCGGGCAUGGGCAGCGGGGGGGAUGCGAACGCCUCGGCUGCCUCGGCUGCUCGCCGGGUGACAGAGCUUUGUUACAACAUGGGACUUAUAAUUACACUGGCUUCCCUGUGCCUGUUUUCCUUAGCAGAGACCAGUUCCAAAGCCAUUACAACCUCUCUGACCACAAAGUGGUUUUCUCCUCCACUGCUAUUGGAAGCCAGUGAGUUCUUAGCAGAAGACAGUCAAGAAAAAUUUUGGAGUUUUGUAGAAGCCAGUCAAAAUAUUGGAUCAUCUGAUCAUCACGACACUGAUCAUUCCUAUUACAAUGCGAUAUUGGAAGCCGCGUUUCAAUUUCUGUCACCUUUACAGCAGAAUUUGUUGAAAUUUUGUCUCUCUCUUCGUUCCUACUCAGCCUCAAUUCAAGCCUUCCAGCAGAUAGCAGGUGAUGAGCCUCCCCCGGAAGGAUGUAAGUCAUUCUUUUCAGUGCAUGGGAAGCAGACCUGUGAUUUUGAUACUCUGGAUACCCUUCUACUAACUGCACCCGACAGACCUAAGCCUUUGUUGUUCAAAGGAGAUCACAGAUUCCCCUCAUCGAAUUCUGAAAGUCCUGUGGUGAUUUUCUACUCUGAGAUUGGCCAUGAAGAAUUUUAUAAUAUUCACCACCAACUUAUAUCAAAAAGCCAAGAAGGCAAAAUUAAUUAUGUAUUCAGACAUUAUAUAUCCAAUCCCAAGAAGGAGCCUGUUUACCUUUCUGGCUAUGGUGUGGAAUUGGCAAUUAAGAGCACGGAGUACAAGGCCAAGGAUGAUACUCAGGUGAAAGGAACUGAGGUGAAUACCACAGUCAUUGGUGAGAACGAUCCUAUUGAUGAAGUUCAGGGGUUUCUUUUUGGAAAAUUAAGAGAACUGCACCCCUCUUUGGAAGAACAACUGAAAGAAUUCCGAAAGUAUCUUGUGGAGAGCACCAAUGAGAUGGCACCCUUGAAAGUUUGGCAGCUGCAAGAUCUCAGUUUCCAGACUGCUGCCCGCAUCCUGGCUGCUCCUGUGGAGUUAGCUUUGGUGGUGAUGAAGGAUAUUAGUCAGAAUUUUCCUACAAAAGCCAGAGCAAUAACAAAAACAGCUGUGAGCUCACAACUUAGAACAGAAGUGGAAGAGAACCAGAAGUAUUUCAAGGGAACGAUAGGACUGCAGCCUGGAGAUUCAGCUCUCUUCAUCAAUGGACUUCAUAUUGAUUUAGAUACCCAGGAUAUAUUCAGUUUGUUUGAUACGCUGAGGAAUGAAGCCCGGGUGAUGGAGGGUCUGCACAGACUAGGAAUAGAAGGCCUUUCUCUACAUAAUAUUUUGAAGCUCAACAUCCAGCCUUCUGAGACUGACUAUGCACUAGACAUUAGGAGUCCUGCUAUUUCAUGGGUCAACAACCUAGAGAUUGAUAGCCGAUAUAAUUCAUGGCCUUCUAGUUUGCAAGAGUUACUUCGACCUACCUUUCCUGGUGUUAUACGGCAGAUCAGGAAAAACUUGCAUAACAUGGUGUUUAUUGUUGAUCCUGUGCAUGAGACCACAACCGAGUUGAUUAGCAUAGCUGAGAUGUUCCUCAGCAAUCACAUACCAUUAAGGAUUGGUUUUAUCUUUGUGGUCAAUGACUCGGAAGAUGUUGAUGGGAUGCAAGAUGCUGGAGUUGCUGUUCUGAGAGCGUAUAAUUAUGUUGUCCAAGAAGUGGAUGGUUACCACGCCUUCCAGAUCCUCACACAUAUCUAUAACAAGGUGAGGACUGGAGAAAAAGUGAAAGUUGAACAUGUGGUCAGUGUCUUGGAGAAGAAAUACCCGUAUGUCGAAGUGAAUAGCAUUCUGGGGAUUGACUCUGCUUAUGAUCAGAACCGGAAGGAAGCAAGAGGCUACUAUGAGCAGACUGGUGUUGGUCCCCUGCCUGUUGUCUUGUUCAAUGGCAUGCCCUUUGAAAAGGAACAUUUGGAUCCUGACGAGUUGGAAACCAUUACAAUGCACAAGAUCUUGGAGACCACGUCCUUCUUCCAAAGGGUGGUAUAUUUGGGUGAACUGCCACAUGAUCAAGAUGUGGUAGAAUAUAUCAUGAAUCAACCAAAUGUUGUUCCACGAAUCAAUUCUCGGAUUUUGACAACUAAACGAGAGUAUCUGGAUCUAACAGCCAGCAAUAACUUUUUUGUGGAUGAUUUUGCCAGAUUUUCUGCCCUGGACUCGAGGGGCAAGACUGCUGCUAUAGCCAACAGUAUGAACUAUCUGACAAAGAAAGGAAUGUCUUCCAAGGAAAUCUAUGACGAUUCCUUUAUUAGGCCAGUGACUUUUUGGAUUGUUGGGGAUUUUGAUAGCCCUUCUGGACGGCAGUUAUUAUAUGAUGCCAUUAAACAUCAGAAAACCAGUAACAAUGUUAGGAUAAGUAUGAUCAAUAAUCCCAGCCAAGAGAUAAGUUACUCGAGCACUCCAGUCUUCAGAGCAAUCUGGGCAGCUCUCCAAACACAGACCUCCAACUCUGCUAAGAACUUCAUCACCAAAAUGGCCAAAGAGGAGACAGCAGAGGCCCUGGCUGCAGGAGUGGACAUUGGGGAAUUCUCUGUUGGGGGCAUGGAUGUCAGUCUUUUUAAAGAGGCCUUUGAGUCUUCCAAAAUGGAUUUCAUUUUGUCUCAUGCCCUGUACUGCAGAGAUGUUCUGAAGCUGAAGAAGGGGCAGAGAGUGGUGAUCAGCAACGGAAGGAUCAUCGGGCCGCUGGAGGAGAGUGAGCUCUUUAACCAAGAUGAUUUCCACCUCCUAGAAAAUAUCAUCUUAAAAACAUCAGGACAGAAAAUAAAAUCUCACAUCCAACAGCUUCGCGUAGAAGAAGACGUGGCAAGUGACCUGGUAAUGAAGGUGGAUGCUCUCCUGUCAGCGCAACCCAAAGGCGAGGCAAGGAUCGACUACCAGUUCUUUGAAGACAAACACAGUGCAAUUAAACUGAAGCCCAAUGAAGGGGACACAUACUAUGAUGUGGUAGCUGUCGUUGACCCUGUCACAAGAGAAGCACAGAGGCUCGCCCCCUUGCUCUUGGUUUUGACUCAGCUGGUAAACAUGAAUCUAAGAGUAUUUAUGAAUUGCCAAUCUAAACUUUCCGACAUGCCUUUGAAAAGCUUUUACCGUUAUGUCUUAGAACCAGAGAUUUCUUUCACCGCAGACAACAGCUUUGCUAAGGGACCGAUAGCGAAGUUUCUGGAUAUGCCACAGUCUCCACUGUUCACUUUGAAUUUGAACACACCUGAGAGUUGGAUGGUGGAAUCUGUCAGGACGCCAUAUGAUCUUGAUAACAUUUAUCUAGAAGAGGUGGACAGUAUAGUGGCUGCUGAGUAUGAGCUGGAGUACCUGUUAUUAGAGGGCCAUUGCUACGAUGUCACCACGGGCCAGCCCCCUCGAGGACUGCAGUUUACGUUAGGGACUUCAGCCAGCCCAACAACUGUGGACACGAUUGUGAUGGCCAAUCUGGGAUAUUUUCAGCUCAAAGCCAACCCAGGAGCCUGGAUUCUCAGACUAAGGAAGGGGCGCUCUGAUGAUAUUUAUAGAAUCUACAGCCAUGAUGGUACAGAUUCUCCUCCUGAUGCAAAUGAUGUUGUUGUCCUCCUCAAUAACUUCAAAAGCAAGAUCAUCAAAGUGAAGGUUCAGAAGAAAGCAGACAUGGUUAAUGAAGACUUGCUGAGUGAUGGAACGAGUGAGAAUGAAUCUGGAUUUUGGGAUUCAUUUAAAUGGGGCUUUUCAGGACAGAAGACUGAGGAAGUGAAACCUGAAAAAGAUGACAUAAUCAAUAUUUUCUCUGUUGCAUCUGGUCAUCUCUAUGAAAGAUUUCUUCGCAUAAUGAUGCUAUCAGUGCUGAAGAAUACCAAAACUCCUGUGAAAUUCUGGUUCUUGAAGAAUUAUUUGUCCCCCACAUUUAAGGAGUUUAUACCUUACAUGGCCAGCAAAUACAACUUUCAGUAUGAACUUGUUCAGUACAAAUGGCCGCGGUGGCUUCAUCAGCAGACAGAGAAGCAGCGGAUCAUCUGGGGCUACAAGAUCCUCUUCCUGGAUGUACUUUUCCCACUGGUUGUUGACAAGUUCCUGUUUGUAGAUGCUGAUCAGAUUGUACGGACAGAUCUGAAAGAGUUAAGGGAUUUCAAUUUGGAUGGUGCCCCUUACGGUUACACUCCUUUCUGUGAUAGCAGGAGAGAGAUGGAUGGCUACCGGUUCUGGAAGUCAGGGUACUGGGCCAGUCACUUGGCUGGGCGGAAGUAUCAUAUCAGUGCACUGUAUGUCGUGGAUCUGAAGAAGUUUAGGAAAAUAGCUGCUGGUGACAGACUCAGGGGACAGUACCAAGGUCUGAGUCAAGAUCCCAACAGUCUUUCAAAUCUUGAUCAAGAUUUGCCCAAUAACAUGAUCCAUCAGGUGCCAAUCAAAUCCCUCCCUCAAGAAUGGCUUUGGUGUGAGACAUGGUGUGAUGACGCAUCUAAGAAGAGGGCUAAGACCAUCGACCUGUGCAAUAAUCCCAUGACUAAAGAACCCAAACUGGAGGCUGCUGUGCGAAUCGUCCCCGAGUGGCAGGACUAUGAUCAGGAGAUCAAGCAGCUGCAGAGCCUCUUCCAAAAGGAGAAGAAGAUGGGGACCCUGCGUGUAGAAAAGACACAGGAAGAACCUGAGAAACAUGAAGAAUUAUGAUCUCUGGCGGAGGAUGGGAAAUCCCACCAUCUGACAGUUUUUAUACUAAAUGGUUUUUUCUGAUCUGUCGAUACAACUGCUGAAGAACUGACUGGGCAGGUGUCCACACCUAUUGAUUUAGACUACUGCACCCCAGUGGGUGCUGGAUCUUUGGGGCUAAGGCUCUGUUGGAUUUGUACCUCAGAGGAAGACAAAUGGCUGAUCUUCUGGGACUCUCUUCACACCAGAGGGAGAAAUGGUGGCAGCAACUGAAGGAAGCUGAGUCCUUUGGUGCCCACGUCCAAGAGCACACAUUGCUGCACUGGCUCAGAAGCUAGCCAGAAAAGCCACCAUGUUCUUCCUUACCUCAGUUUACCUGCAGCCCUUGCUGCACUGCAGAUGCCCACCCUGCACCAGGUCAGGCCGGCAGAUGCUUCAUCCAAGGUCCCUGCCUCAAGGUCUAUGCCAACAUGCUUCUCCCAUCUUGUGCCCCAUAUUCUCUUCCCAAGCAUUAGGCUCAUUGUUAUUGAGCCCAGCCGAUAAUCAUGUGUCUUCAGGGUUGGCUCAGUUGCUAAGAAACAAGUCUUGAGGAGAACUGGGGCUUGUUUGGAUGAGGGUUGUGGAGACGACAGGCCGGGGGGAGUUUUGUGGUGUUCAAAGGAAGAAGACAAAAAAUUGGCCAUUCUCUUUCAGUCUGCUGUGGCUGACUUUAAAGGAAGUUUCAUUCUAUUCCCAGUGAACUUUCUACAUAAUUGUUUUGUAAACGAUUUUUAUAUUUAUGAAAAUGUUUGCUUUUCCUUCCUACUUUGUAAAAAACUGUCGGUUAUCAGUUUCCUAGCUGGGCACAGGCACACUGAGUCCCUCAGUGACCCAUCUCAGUGUGCUCAGCCUCCAUCUGGACGGCCACGGUAGUUUUCUCUCAGACCCAGGAGACUGGCCUUGGGCUUUCCUUUCACUCUGCUCUCAGACCUCUGACGAGGAAUGACUGUCUCUGGAACUCUGUCUGUUUGCCUUUCAUUUUGGCUCUGUGAUUGCCUUUAGCUUUGGAGACUCGUCCAAGGCCCGGUACAGUUCUAAGGUAACUGCUGCUGUAUGAAGCAGCCCCCGUCAUUGCUUUGUGUGUGUCCACAGCCACAGCCCACUUCACCUGGGCGGGAGCAGCCUGGGCUGUGGAGCCGGGGACACGCUGUUACCCUGGCUGUACAGGUGUCUGGUGUCAUCUCUGCCCAGGAGUCAGGGAUCUGUAGCAGAGGGUUUCUGGGUACUGACCUGCCUUCCAGCUCACAGGGGCUGUUCUUCCUCUUUAACCUGCCUUUUAAAAACAAGAAGGGAGCAGGGGUGUGGCUCAGUGGCAGACAAAGUGCUUGUCUAGCAAGCUCAAGGCCCUGGGUUCCAUCCCAGCAUUGCGCCCCCACCCCUCAGAAAGAGUGACUAUGAAGAGUGAGUACGCAGGAGAAGUCCUUGCCCACUUGAACUAGGUAAUACGUGUGUUUUCAAGGAGGAGUGAUCUACAGUAGCCAUAGUUGGGAUUUGAAUGGGCCAUUAUUAAGUUAUACAUAGAGAGAGAUGGCAAAGCGUCAUCUAUCGGGAGCUCACACAACCAGCAGAAACUCCUUACUUAACUCAGCCCCUGGAGUUCCCCAAUGAGUGUCCUAGGCAGAGCAGAGUGUACCCUCAGGUAAGGACACAAGUGAAAGAACAAACAGCAAAACUAAAAACACCAUCAUCAGAUUCGGUGCUCACAACAUCCUGCAGAAACCAGCUGAGCUUGCAGCCUCCCUUCCCACUGCAGGCGCGUAGACAGCGGGCUAAGCAAUGGCUGAGUCCUCUUGACCUUGGAAAGGUGUCUGGGAAUGAAUUACUUCCCAGCUGUGUUCAAGGAUGUCAUGUUUGACUCUUGGACUAUUGAACUGUUUUGUCAUGAAGUUAGAGGGGGCCUCACAUGUUCCGUAGCCAGCUUCUUAGCACGUGACAUCAGCGCACUGUAUAUUGCAACAUGAACUUUAAAAUAAAGAUUUCACCACACAUAUCAAGUAAUUAAUUUUCCCCUAUUUUCAAAUCCAAAAGUUAACUUAGAGCCAGCCUUUGUUCAGGCUUCGUGUCCACAUUGUAUUAAGUUUUCAGGGAUGCCACUGCUGCUGUCCUCAACUGGAGGCAGGGACACAGUGCUCCCCGUGUCCUGGGAGCCCAUGAUAAGCAGGAAAUAAUCAGGUCACAGGGGUGUGCUUUUUACUAUUGGCCCAGGGGCCAGUUUCCUUCUUUUUACCAAGUCGUUCAUGCGUCCUCUAUGGUUCCUGAUAUGUCACCACCCUGACGUAAGUCAUAGUAAUAGUUGAUGCUGGAUAGGUCAGACCCAGCUUGCUUCUAAGGUUGUCCAGGCCCCUCCUCUGCCAGCUUCUUCCUCACUACCAGCUUCAUCUCAACAAAUUUAGCAAAUGCCCCAGAAAUGAUGCUGCCAUUAAGUGCCCCAGAGAAGGUGUCCAUGUUGGUUUCAUCUGAUGGCUCCAUGGGAAAGCAGACUGUGACCGGAAAGAGAGGUGAAAUAGUUUCCAAGAAGCAGGAGAUAACGGACCACAUGGAUUGUCUAAGCUUCUGGAAAGUUCACUGUUGUUCUUGGCAUGCACAUAUAUAGUUUUUUUGACCUCUUGUCAUAUAGAGGUAGAAAGUUUGCUUUCUGAGUCAGUAGGGUAGGGUGAACUAUGACUCGUCAGAAUUACAUGCACCAGUGCGAGUCAGUCUCUGUGUUCUGCAGAAAGUGGCACUUGGUUGGCAUCCCGGACUGUGAGGGCACAGCCCUCCAGCAUCCUGGGUUUAGUUGAGAGUGGUGGUUUCAUAAGAUGUUGACAUUGUUAGUCUGGCGGAAGCUGCCUUUCUGAUGAGCAUGCUUGUCUCCAGGUGCACAUGCAUUUUGCUGGGCCUGUCUGGCCAGAAGCAGGCUCCAUGUUUCCUGACGCUACUUGAAACUGUGUUCUGAAUCUUGUUGAGGCUCUGCCUGAUGUGUGUCAUCUGGUUUCAGACUGAGUCCGCGGAUGAUACCCCAAGAGCCCAGAGAUAAAGAAGGAAGAGAAAAACAGGAAGUCAACUUGACUGGUGUGAUUUAGAACUGUCAGCUGUCACAUGGCCAGGGGAUGAAGUCUCUCCUCUUGUCCCUAGCUCCUCCGUGACUAAAUCUUUUUCUAAAAUUGUUCUUAGACCUGCAUGAUUAAAAGAAAUCAUUUGCCUGAGGAGUUGGGAGGGCGCUCUGGUCCACUUUGCUGGGUAGAUUUCACGGAAGGCUGUCGAGUGGGAAGUGGCUUGGUGAUGUGGAGUGUGGUCUAUGCACGAUUCCUAAAUGUGACUUCAGGCUCCGUCUUCUUCGUGAGUUACCGGGUACUUGACUUUCUGGGGAUGUUGUGUGACGACCAGAGUCGAUCAGAUGGCUCGUCGUGUUUCUUGUUUAGGAAGCUAGCACUUUUUGUUGUUGGAAGUCAUGAGCUCCUGUUUUCUCUGCCUUAAGGUAACAAGGAAAGUCUUAAUGAGGACUUUCACACGCCGGAUCAAGUCCAAGCACAUUAAACACUGUCACUCAGGAAGUUACUGAAAUUCCCCAUUUCUCCUCCGUCGCUGGUGUCUGUCUGUUCGUGUAGUAACAGAAAGAGCCCUUCUGUGUUACAUAGCAAUGGUGAGCCAGUGAAUUGGGCAGAGACUCUCCUUCCCAUGGUGCCCGUGAGUGCUGACAGUUCAUAGCAGCAGGUGACAGAGUCAGCGCCAAGCACCAACAUGCUCCGGGGAAGGAAAGCAGGAGACCUCUCCUGAGUGUCCUGGGUCCCUCGCAACGUGUGGAGGGUCUGUGACUCAUGAGUAGGGCUUGGAGCCAUGGUCUCUUCCCGCCUGUGCUUUCUGCACUGCCUUACGUCCCCAUUGAGCUCGGUAGAGAAAUGGGCACCAUUCCUUUAACCAGAUGCAAACCACACUAACCUAAGGUUGGCAGUUUGGAACAAAAGACUCCCAAGCACUCUGUUUUCCAAUCAAAAAAGGAAAAAUGGAGACAAAACUUAGGGUGUUUAAAGAAACCAUGUCCAACUUUCCACUCAAACCAACACCUCACUUGGUAUGAGGUUAAUGUCUGUGAAUGUCUUAGUCCAAAGGAUGCUGGUUUAUCAUGAGAGUAAGCUCUGCUCAACACAAUAAAC